AUGCAAAAAAAGAAUAAUUAAUUAAUAUUGUCACCUAAUGGAUUGGGAGGUAAUAUCAAACCUGGAUUGUUUUCAAAGCAUUGUUAAUUAAACAAAUUAAACAAAUAAAAAAGUUUUAAAGUUGAGGAGACUCUGACUCCCAAACUCUUCGAAACUAAAGAAUCAAGUUUUGCUCCUUAGCAAAAAUUACAAAAAAGUCAAAGGUAGUUAUAAAUAUUUUCAUAAAUAGUGCUUCUCGGUUGGUUCUGCCUAAAGAAUAAAGGCAAGAUAGAGUAGAAAGGUAAGAGAUAGAUAAUAUACCAAAUAUCAAGCAUGAUUAGAUUACUGAACUAUCAUAAAAAUUAUAUCGAGAACUUAUAGAAUUUAAUGAAUAGGCGGAUUUUGGAAGUUUAAAUGAAAUUUAGUAGUGGAGUGAAGAUAUGAUAAAAAUAUUGUUAAUCAUUAAUAAUAGUUUAGAAUGUAUAAUUCAUAUGAUAAUUAAGAAUUAAAUGUUUAGGAAAAUUUAGAUAACAAUGUGCCUGAAAAUUAACAGUAAUCAUUUGAAUAUUUUAAGAAAUGAUAUUAUUUAGAAUCUAUAAAAGGAAUUAAAUGAUGAGCGGAAGGAAAGGUACAAAAUUGAGGAGGAAGCAACCAAUUUAAUUACUGAAUAAGAAUUAGAAAUUAAUAAGUUAGAAAAAUAAUUAAAAAUGCUAGAAGAAUAGCACUCUUAAUGA